UCUCUCUACGUCGGUGAGCUCGACCCCUCCGUCACCGAGGCCAUGCUCUUCGAGCUCUUCUCCUCCAUCGGCCAGGUCGCGUCUAUCCGUGUCUGCCGUGACGCCGUCACUCGUCGCUCGCUCGGCUACGCCUACGUCAACUACAACAACGCUGCCGAUGGUGAGCGUGCACUGGAAGAGCUGAACUACACCCUUAUCAAGGGCCGGCCUUGCCGCAUCAUGUGGUCUCAGCGAGACCCCGCUUUGCGCAAGACUGGACAGGGCAACGUCUUCAUCAAGAACCUCGACGCUGCCAUCGACAACAAGGCUCUCCACGACACCUUCGCCGCGUUUGGCAACAUUCUCAGCUGCAAGGUCGCUGUCGAUGAGCUGGGCAACUCCAAGGGCUACGGCUUUGUGCACUACGAGACGGCCGAAGCUGCCAACUCCGCCAUCAAGAGUGUCAACGGCAUGCUUCUCAAUGAGAAGAAGGUCUUCGUGGGCCACCACAUCCCCAAGAAGGACCGCAUGAGCAAGUUUGAGGAGAUGAAGGCCAACUUCACCAACAUCUACGUCAAGAACAUCGACCAGGAGAUCAGCGAGGAUGAGUUCCGGGAGAUGUUCGAGAAGUAUGGAGACGUUACGUCU